AUGUUGCAUGUUUGUAUUGAUGCACUUUUCCCCACACUUUCAAGAUUUAUACCAAAAAGAGAAGUUCCAAAUGAACCCAUUAAUUUACUAGUGCUUGGAUUAAGCUGGAUUGACCCUACCAUAGUUACUGAUAAAAGAGUUCAAAAUAAAAAACCAAUAGAUCAGGCUCAAAUUUAUGCUAGUCAUUUCGAAAUUGGUGUAUACCUUGUCAAUUUCUUUCUAAGUGGUCAUAAACCGCCUUCAGAUUUUGAUGAUGUACCAGAAGAAAUCAUUAUAAUUAAUGUUGAACACAAAUA